AUGGCUGAACCAGAGGCUAAGCGUGUCAAGACCGAGUACGAGCUCAUCUACUGGCCAGGCAUCCCCGGCCGUGGUGAAGUUGUCCGGUUGCUCUUUGAAGAAGCGGGCGUCGGCUACAUCGACACGGCAAAGGCCGACAAGGCAGCUCCCACGGUUCUGUCGUACAUGGCGGCGAAGAACCUGGGAGACGACAAGAACCCGGCGGUGUUUGCGCCGCCGGUGCUGAAGCACGGCGACCUGGUGAUUAACCAGCUGCCCAACAUUUUGCUGUACGUGGCGCCGAAGCUGGGGCUGGCGCCGGCGAGCGGGGAUGCGGUGUAUCACUUGAAUGCGAUUGCGUUGACGAUUCUGGAUGGGUUUCUCGUCGAGGUGCAUGAGACGCAUCAUCCGAUUGCGACGGACAAGUACUAUGAGGAUCAGAAGGAUGAGGCGAAGCUGAGGGCGAAGGCGUUUAGAGAGGAGAGAUUGCCAAAGUAUCUUACGUAUGCGCAGAGGCUGUUGGAUGGGGAGAAGAGUGGCGAGGGGGGGUGGUUGUACGGAGGGGAGUUGACGUAUGUUGACUUGGUGCUGUUUCAGUGCCUUGAUGGAACGCAGUUUGCUUUUCCCAGGACGGUGGAGAAGUUGAGGAAGGGGGGCAAGUUUGACGGCGUGUUUAAGCUGUAUGAUGCCGUCAAGGAGAGGCCGAAUAUCAAGGCGUAUCUGGAGAGUGACAGGAGGAUAGAGUAUGCGGAUGGUAUUUGGCGCCACUAUCCUGAGCUGGAGGAGGAUGAAGAGUGA